CAGCAGCAAUGUUCCCAAACUAAAUGCAAAGAGCGGCUCCCACGCAUGAAAGUUCUGAAUCCAUCCAAAAGGUUGGAUCCCAAAAUAGGCAUUCACUAGAACCGUCGAUUCUUUGGAGAAGCGAGCAGCCUUCCUGCCGGAACGAUGGAGGGCGGAGCGCUCGAACCGUGGAUCACACAGAUGGGCAAGCAGGAUAUCCGUUUGAAAUUGAAGAUCGGAGAAGAUCUCUUGAAUUGGGUGGACAACGAAAGCCAUUCUCUGCAAGGCGAGGAUGUAGGUGCACUCAUCGAUGGCCUCGUCAGCUGGUUGGGCAGUAGCAACUCGAAGAUCCAGCAGAACGGCUUAGAGAUCCUCUCGAGAAUCGUCGUGAGACUCCGCGAGGAUUUUAGGCCGUAUAUUUCUUCGGUUCUACCCGCCUGUACCGACCGCAUGGGGGACGCUAAAGAAUUGAUACGGGACACGAACGCCGAUCUGCUCAACAAGAUGAUGGAGGUGACAUCACCCCAAUACAUUCUAGACAGGCUCACGAGCGCGUAUACACAUAAGAACUUCCGAGUUCGCGAGGAAAUUCUGCUGCUCAUGCAAGACACCGUCAUAAGAUACACGGCAUCGUGCUUAACCAUCUCAAAGUUCAUUCCGUCCAUCUGUAAGCUCAUGGACGAUCCCAACGCUCAGGUUCGAGACACAGCUAUGACUACUCUGGUAGUCAUUUAUAGAUACGUCGGUGAUAAGUUACGACACGAUCUCCAGAGGAAAUACGCCAUCCAUCCCAACAAACUCCAAGCGCUUAUCGAACGUUUCGAUAAAGCCAUCGAAAACGGAGAAAUGCUCGUAUCACCCACACAAGAGACGCCGGGCGGGGAUGAGCCCGAUCGUGUCGCACCGAAGACGAAACCUCUUGUGUCUGCGAAGAAGCCGGCUCUAUCGGCAUUGGCCAGCAAGAGCUCAGCCACGGCUAAGCCCAAGACGCAGUCAGCCGGACCCGCGGGUUCCGUCGACGAAGAAAGCUUCAUUGAAGCGUUCUCGGACGUGCCAAGGAUAAACGUAUUCUCCGCGAGAGAGUUGGAACAGCAUUUGUCAAAUAUCAGAUCAACAAUUUCGAACGCCGAUGUCGAGUGGGAAAAAAGGCUGAAUGCUUUAAGAAUGAUAAGAAGUCUCGUGAUCGCUGGCGCGAAGGAUUAUGACGAAUUUCUCCCGGCUCUCAAGACGCUCGAGAGCUCCCUGCAGAGUUGCGUGAAAGAUCUGAGGUCGCAAAUUGUCCGUGAAGCCUGCAUAACUAUCUCGUACCUCUGCGUUCAGCUCAGCACAAAAAUGGACCGACUCUGCGAGCAGCUGCUUCCAUCACUCAUCUUGCUCAUGGGUGCUACUGUGAAAGUGAUGUCCACUUCGGGCGUAGUUUGUAUUCACUUCAUUCUGAAGAACGUACACUCGCAGAGACUUGUUCCGGUCGUCAUCCAGAAUCUUAGUUCGAAAAACAGGGAUCUCCGACGACAUUGUUUUGAAUUCCUGUAUGAAAUGUUGAUACUUUGGCCAACAUUCACGCUCGAGAGGCAUAUCGCAAUCUUGCAACAAGCCAUAAGAGCGGGGCUGUCCGAUGCGGACCAGGAAGCGAGAUCACACUGCCGCAAGGCUUUCUGGGCCUUUGCAGAGCAUUUUAAAGCACAGGCGGACUCUCUAUUGUUCUCAUUGGAUUCGAACAAGCAGAAGAUGUUACACGGAGAAAUGGGUGGAGGCUACGGAGGGAUGUCGAACUCCUCGUCAUCGUCAUCGUUGAACAACCUUAGCCGCGGUCGUACCGCGCACGGCAAUUCCAUGGAAUCAUUGAGGAACGCCGCGGGGUCUCGGACACAGUAUCCAACGCAAACAUCGAGACUCCCUCAACCAGUUUUUUCGGCCGCAUCCGCUCAACAGAGGCGAGCAAAUAGCGCCAUUGAUAUGGCUGCGGCAAAGUCUUCCCGUCUCAAAGCUCUCGUCAAAACCCCUUCCUCUGGUUAUGGAUACGGAAUGACCGCAGCCGGGAGUGGAUUAUCCUUACCGAGGUCAGCCGCUAAGGCUAGGACGGAAUCUGUAUGUUCCGCGGUGACGUCUCCGGAGCGGACUCCCCAAAGUAGAGGAAGACAGGUGUCGCAGUCUCAGCCAAACUCGCGAUCUGCUUCACCGUCGUCGCGAUGGAGUUACGCCACCUACGGGUACGGUAGCGCUGAAAGCCGGCGAACUCCGUCUAGGUCCCGCAUACCGAUGGCGACGUCAAGGGACCCAUCGCCGUCAAGAUCCAUAGGAUCUCAAUCGUCAUCGUCCGCGCUGAGUGAAACGCAGCGCCGUCGUAGGAGUUCAUUGUCAAGGUACAGUGGCCGCCGCGAGCCAGUAACGAUCAUACCGUCAACACCGACCGCGGCUGAGAAACUUUUGCGAAAUUCUCGAGAAGCUGAGGAACGGAUGGCAGAAGCUCUCGGCUCCACUACGAUCCGGUCGCCGUUAUCAUCGUUCGGCAGGCAGCACUCGUUCGGAUAUUCGAGAGAAGAUAGUGAUGCCUCUUCCGUAGCCUCUGAUCGAUCGUUCCGACACGACGACGUUCCUGAGAUUCUCGCGAAUCUCGCUUCAGUUCAUUGGUCGGACAGGAAAGACGGCCUAGCUGGUCUAUUGUGCCUACUCCGGAAUCAAUCUCACGCCCUGAGCGAUCCUGACCUUCAAAAAGUGACACAGACAUUGACCAAAAUGUUCAUGGAUCCCCAUACCAAGGUGUUCUCGCUGUUUCUGGACACCCUAAACGAGCUGAUAACCGUUCACUCGAGCGACCUGCAUCGCAUCGGAUUCUUGAGCAUUUUGCUGACAAAGCUCUUCAUCAAAAGCGGCCAAGAUCUGCUGGGCUCAGUGAUGACGAAGAUCGGUCGCACUAUGGAUUUGAUCAGGGAGACCUUCCCUCGACAAGACCAAUUCACGGUGAUCACACGAUUUCUGAACGACCCGGCUCAUUCAUCGAGUUCAGCCAAAGUCAAACUUCAAGUUCUCAACUAUUUGGAGGCGUUGACCGGAAUGAUGGACUCGUCGGAUCUUCCCGCUAACGACCCGAAUAUGAGGGAUACGCUGUUGAAGAUCACAAACUGGGCUGGAGACCUUAGACACCCCGAUUUACAGCAGAAGUCGCGUCAAGUCAUUGUGUCCUUGUAUAAAGUCAAAACGCCUUAUUUCUCCACGGUCAUAAAUCAGAUGGCUCCGGACUUCCAACGAACCGCUCUUGACGUGAUUCAGAGCCAAUUGAAGAGCUCUUUCGCUAAACCAUUUGCCGGUUCCAACCCUGAGAGCGCCAGUCAAGCAUCUCUCGGGAGUCCCGACAGCCGAACAUCAUCUUCGAUCACCGGUCUCAGAUCCGAGGAAGCUCCGAAUUUGACGUCGUCACCUCAAAGAUCAUUCGAGGAUGAAAACACGGAGAAUCUGAGGGCAAAUCCUACAUCGAAACCCACCUUCGGGAACUCGAAACUAAGACCGCUUGAGGACCACUCUGGCAAUUUGAGAAAGAAGACUACGGAAUCCGAGACUACUGUCGGAUACGGCAAAGGAUCAGCUUCGGAGAGACUUAAUCAUUGCGUACAACUCCUCGCGAGCCCGAUGAAUUCCUCGGAACAGAAGCGAUCGGCCCUCGCCGAAUUGCACAUUCUACUGAAGGAACCUAGCCUCUGGGAGACUGAGGUGCACUUCCGAUCUGUUUUUCGCGUUCUGAUAUCGAACUUGGAGGAGGAAUCAGGGAUCAAGUUUCAUGUUCUUAAGAGUUUGACAGAACUCAUUCGCAAACAACCCCAACACACCAGAUGCGUAGCUGAACAAGCCCUUGAGCGAAUUCUGCAGGUUGCUAAAGACAAAGAUAAGGAUGUCACACGUAUGGCGGAUUCGUCGGUGUCUGCUCUGGUGUGUACAGUUCUUCCGAAAGACAUGGCAAAAGCGGCAGCGGCUUGCGUCAUGACUGCCAUGACUUCACGAGAUGAACCCAGUGUGUUAUGUACAGCUAUUCGAGUCGUGCAGAAGUUUGUUGAUCAUCAUACCGAUGAGGUAGUACGAGAGCAGCUUUCGGUCCUUGGCCCCAUUCUCAUCCGUACCUACGACCAUGCCGAGUCUUCGGUCAGAAAGGCGUCUGUGUUCGCUCUCGUGAGCAUGCACAUGAAGAUUGGCAAAGACGCCAUGCAUCCGUAUACCAGUCACCUACCGGGCUGCAAGCUGCGCCUCCUGAACUUGUACAUCGAGCGCGCAUCUCAGCAGAGUCAUAACAACGGUAGGGGUGAAUCAUCACCAUCGCCAUCGACGUGCAGCAACGCUUCAAAUUUGUAGUCGAUUCAGGCCCGGUGAGAAGUGCUUGUUCGAAGUUUGAUGUGGAGCCUACCGGAGCUCUCGUUCUCCUCGACCUACCGACGGUUCGCUUCUACGAUCUAUCCAUCCAUCAACUUCUCCACUCAGCUCGCGCGUCUGAAGAAUCGGCCGUUCGCCGCCAGCAGAACAGAAGCGUCCGCCAUGGAGCCGAGAGUGCCAGGAUAAUCGAUACGUAGCUUAUUGACUCGAGCUCGAGAGCUCGCAAACCGCUUCGGAAGCCACAACAUUUCGAUGGGGCGGAAACUUCGCUUUUAAAGCUUCCAAUCACCUAAUAGAAACCGCAGUAUGGACAACUUUGCAUUUAACUAUUUUCAUAAAACAGUAGGGGCAGUAGGUAAGCUUUUUGCUUCCACAGUCGCGAAGCAACCGAUUGCCAACCAAUGUGACCAUAUUGAAGCUUGGGAUUCAUUGAGGAACGAAAUUAGUUUCUCUCUCGCACUGCAUCUGACAUUAUGUCGGAGCAAUCGGCAUUUACAACAAAAUGCAGAUCAUCGCUAGCUUUCUGACCCAUUCAUCCUUCCCGUGAAGGUUUUCGUAUUGUUGUAACGCGUUUCGAAUCUCUGAAACGAGAUCCGGAGCAGUU